CGGCUCGCAUUUCUGUGGUUAAAAUGGGAGAUGUCAUUUGCAUUCGUACUCGACUAAAAUAGGCACACAUUCGCUCCUUUGGUUGCUUUCUGAUUGGCUUCAUUCUAAUUCCUUUGUUUCCUUCUUACCCACUGCUAUAGCAAGAUGCAUUAGGUUGUUCUUUUCCGCAGAGAGACGUACAGUGCCUUAGCGAAGCGAAGCGAGGCGAAGCAGCACUACAUGAUGGACAACUAUGUGCAAAUCAAAGACAUGAAGCCUGGCUUGAAGAACAUCAGUGUAAUAUUUAUUGUUUUAGAGGUAGGUCAUCCAACGGUGACGAAAGAGAAUCGCGAAGUUCGAACAUUCAAAGUGGCUGACCAGAGUGCAUGCAUAAACGCCAGUAUUUGGGAUGAACCGGGGCAGUUGUUAGUACCAGGUGAUAUAGUUCGGUUGACCAAAGGGUAUGUGAGUCUGUGGCGAAACUGUCUCACAUUGUAUACAGCCAAGGGUGGCGAUCUGCAGAAGAUAGGAGAGUUCUGCAUGGUUUUCAAUGAACACAUAAACAUGAGUGAACCUAAUUCUGUGAUGCCUCCGUUGGCCCCUCUUGGAGGACCUCCUAACAACGCGCCCCUGAACAAUGGCACCAAUAAUGGUGCAGGACGGAUUGGUCCCUCCAAUCCCACAGUGACUACCUCCUCCCCAGCAGUACACAACAACUCGACAGGACCCAACAAGUCACAACAAAAUACCAAUAGAAUAGCUGGCAACGGUCCACCACAGAAUGAUAAUCAAAAGGCAAGGAUACGAGGCUCCAGGGGUGGCCAGCACAGGAAUCGACAUCGGACAUAAUACUUUGUUACAAUUGAUUUUAUACAUAUUUACUGAUAAGGAAGAUAAGGAUGUUUAUAUUUUAAAUU